CAGCCCCGAAGGCUGACAGCCCUCAAAACCCGUCUUGCAUUUUCACUUUAACCACACACUCUCUCUCUGAUCAAUAACCGAACCAUCACACCCAACAACUACCUGGAACCUCAAUCCGCACCCCAAAAAUGUCACCCAUCCCCUCCCUCCCCCAAGAAGCCAUCACCACCCUCCUCAACUUCACCCUCCAAGACCGCAUCACCGGCUCCCUCAUCGGUUCAGCCCUAGGCGAUACAAUAGGCCUCUACACCGAGUUCCUCUCCUCGACCCAAGCAGCAACAUCUUACCCCUCCCGCACCUUCACCCUCCACCCCGGUCCCACCCCCUUCCACCUCGACCGCCACCGCGCCCCUUUCACCCCAGGCCACUGGACAGACGACACCGACCACUCCCUCCUCCUUCUCCUCUCUUUUUUACAUCAGUCCACACCAUCAAGCCAUGUCUUCCCUACGCAGAGUGAUUUCGCCUCCCGCUUGAGAAUAUGGGCUUCUCAGGGGUUCAAGCCGUUGGGGACGAUGCCGCUCGGAUUGGGGAGGUUGCUUGGGACUGUGUUGGCGAGUAAGGGGUUUGCGGAAGAGCCGGAAGGAAUCGCGAGGGGGUACUGGAGGGGGACCAACAGAUUUGCUGCGCCGAAUGGGAGUUUGAUGAGGACGCAUGUGUUGGGGUUGGUGACGGUUUGGGAGGAGGAAACCAAGUGUUUUGAGUUGGGGGCGGAGAUUUCGAGGGCGACGCAUGUUGAUCCUAGGGGAGAGGAUAUUGACGGGGUGAUUGAGAGGGGGAGGAGGUGGUAUGAGAGUGUAGUAGGGAGGCGGGAAGAGGAUCCGGGGGUGGAUUGGGAGGAGUUGUGGAGGGUUUGUGAUGGAAAAAAUGGGCUGGAAGGGUUGAGGUUGGAUGAUGGGGCUUCGAUUGGGUUUGUCUAUAAGACUUUGGGGGCGGGGGUGGUGUUGCUUAGGAUGGCCAUGGACAGAAACCGUGGGGUGCUUGACCGAUCAAGGCUUUUUGAGGAGCUGAUCACGGAGCUGGUUAUGAAGGGUGGAGAUGCCGACACAAAUGCCUGCUUUGCCGGAGCGUUGCUUGGAGCCUACCUGGGCUUUGCUGCAUUGCCAGAUCACUGGAGAAACGGCAUGGUACAUGGAAAAUGGCUGGUUGGCAAGGCGGAAUCCCUGUGUCAGGUUCUUAACGUGAAGGAUGGUCAGUACAACGGUCAGGAAGAUGCUGAUACUGCCCCUCUCGGGGGUAAGCCGGAGAUCAGCCAGCAGGAUAUGGAAGCGAAGUGGAUGGUGUUCCAGCAGGAAGUAGUGAGGAAAAUGGAGGAAGCAAAGAAGACCGACGAGACCAAAACUACGGAGCCCAAGUCAAAGUCGGCUUGGUCUGUCCCCUGGAAGAAACCAAAAAAGCCGUGA